AGCGCGCCCGCGGCACCAUCGAGACGACGUGGCUAGAGCGCCACCGCGCCCUCCUUGUCCCUGCCGCCGCGUGUGCCGCCAUGCUGCCCGCCCGCCUGCUGCUCCGGCAGCGGCUGCCGGUCCGCCUGGUGCGGGCGCUGAGCCUGGAGCGGCCGCAGCCGUCCGAGGCGCUGGGCCCGGAGCCGGGGGAGGCGCUGCCCGCCGCCCCGCGGGACACAGCGCCCAAGCAGUACUCGGCCAAGGUGCGGCAGCUGGUGCAGGACAUCGCGGGGCUCACGCUGCUCGAGGUGGCCGAGCUCAACGAGCUGCUCAAGCAAAUACUGAAGAUCCCGGACGUGGGGAUGAUGCCGAUGGUGCCGGCCGCGGCGCCCAGCGGCCAGGUGGCUGAGGACGAAGAGGUGGCCAGCAAACCGGAGAAGCUGAACUUCACAGUCAAGCUGGUGAGCUUAAAAGUGGAGAGCAAGGUGAAGCUGAUCAAGGAGGUGAAGAACCUCAAGGAGGGGCUGAACCUCGUCCAGGCCAAGAAGCUGGUUGAGUCCCUUCCGCAGGAAAUCAAAGCCAACAUCUCCAAGGACGAGGCAGAGAAGAUCAAAGCAACACUGGAGGCAGUGGGAGGCAGCGUGGUUCUGGAGUAGAUGGGCAUCCUUGUUGCAAGGGACUAGCACCAGGGGAUUUCUUCCUGCACUCGCCUGACGCCUGCCCCCUGACUGCACCAGGGCCUGUACAUUUCCGGGGGCAAGGACUGCCCCGUGGCUCGACAAAGGGUUGCUCUCAGGCCGGGCCUUCCUGAGAUGGAUGCGUGCAGCCUGGGGAGGGAGCUGUCAUCUGUAUGAGCACCACCAUAAACUCUGGUUUAUAAAGUAUAAAUGGGGAAACUA